AAUGGAUAAUCUAAAAUUGAGUCAAGAAGAUUUCAUUAAGAAGUAUGAUUGCGAAUAGAAAUACCAAGAAUUAUUGAAUGAAGCACCAACUAAAAAGAAGGUUGAUGCAGACUUCAUGAUGAGGAAAUACCAUAGAUAUUGUCAUGAUAGAAUAUAAUUAUUACAUUGAGG